GCACAAGUCACAGGGAAGAGAUUCUUAGCAGGGAAAUUCUCCCUUCUUCCAGAUCCUGGCAGUGUGUGUAUAGCGUGGAUGGGAUGAGAAACCAGGUCUCUGCAAUACAGGGUUGGAUGUAACUGACAUGUCUGAUGGGGGGUGUUGUAAAGGAGAACAGUAUGCUGCAGAUAGCAACAGCACUGAUCAGCUAAGGAACAAAUAAGCCCUCCAGACCUACUCGCAGACACCUUUACAAACCUACAGGAUCUGAGCACAAAAGGACCUUGUUAUCCCAGCCCUGCAUUGUGGUUUACUGAAGAAUCCCAAAUUUAUUCAUCUCAUUCCUGUAUUUUGCAUUUGCUGUUCAGAGCCAGGAAGGAUUUUGCCUACAACGCAAAAGGAUUUCAGUUCCAACCCCCAAAUCCACAAUCAUUUUGCAUUGUUUGAUUUUUAUGUAUUUCUGCACCCUGUUUGCCUAUGUGGAUAUGCAAGGUAGAAGAGAGAAUAGCAUAAUCCCACCAUGUCCAGUGCUUUAACCCAUCAGACUAAAGGAUCUGUGUCUUCAAGCCCAGGGAGAGUAAGAGUUGAAGAUGAGGCCUACGGAAGCCCGCUUCUUCUUAAAAAUCAACCUCUUGAUUCUUUUCUACAUGGGUUGUUACGCCCUGAAAAAACCCACUAUGGACAUUGCAGUCAUUCUCGUAGGCACCUCAGAAGAGGUAGACAUCAAAGAUGUCCACGAAAAAGAUGACUUCCAAAAUCUGUCAGUAACACCAAGGGUUACUCACGUUAAGAUGAAUGAAUCUGAUCCGAAAAGUAUCAUCACUCGUAUCUGUGACCUCAUGUCUGACAAGAAGGUGCAGGGGGUUAUAUUCGGUGAUGAUACUGACCAGGAGGCCAUUGCUCAAAUUUUGGACUUCAUUUCUGCCCAUACACUCACUCCCAUCCUAGGCAUUCAUGGUGGAUCUUCAAUGAUUAUGGCUGACAAGGAGGAAUCUUCUAUGUUCUUUCAAUUUGGGCCUUCGAUUGAGCAGCAAGCUUCUGUUAUGCUUAACAUUAUGGAGGAAUAUGACUGGUACAUUUUCUCCAUUGUCACUACCUACUUCCCAGGAUACCAAGACUUUGAAAAUAAGGUGCGGAGCACUAUUGAAAACAGCUUUGUGGGCUGGGAACUAGAAGAGGUAAUCCAUUUGGACAUGUCCUUAGAUGACAAUGACUCUAAGAUCCAAAAUCAACUUAAGAAGCUCCAGAGUCCUGUCAUCCUGCUGUACUGCACAAAAGAAGAAGCCACAUAUAUAUUUGAAGUGGCCAAUUCAGUAGGAUUGACAGGUUAUGGCUACACCUGGAUUGUACCCAGUCUGGUAGCGGGAGACACCGACACUGUGCCAGCCGAGUUCCCCACAGGGCUCAUAUCUGUGUCCUACGAUGAGUGGGACUAUGACCUACCUGCUCGCGUGAGAGACGGGAUUGGUAUAAUCAUCACUGCAGCUUCUACCAUGUUGUCUGAGCACAAGUCCAUUCCCCAGUCGAAGAGCAGCUGCUACAACAUCCAAGAGAGUAGACAUGAUGAUGCUCAUAUGUUAAACAGGUACUUAAUUAAUGUAACAUUUCAAGGUCGGAACCUUUCGUUUAGUGAAGAUGGAUAUCAGAUGCAUCCCAAAUUGGUCAUCAUUCUGCUCAACCAGGAAAGGAAAUGGGAAAAGGUUGGGAAAUACAAGGACCGGAGUCUUCAAAUGAAGUAUUAUGUGUGGCCUGUAUUUGAUUUGUAUCCAAACUCGGAGGAACAUAAAGAUGAACAUCUGAGCAUAGUUACUUUGGAGGAAGCUCCCUUUGUUAUUGUAGAAGAUGUUGACCCGCUGAGUGGCACCUGUAUGAGGAACACUGUCCCCUGCCGCAAGCAGAUACGUAUUGAGAACCGCACAGAAGAGGGGGGAAAUUACAUCAAGAGAUGCUGCAAGGGUUUCUGUAUAGAUAUCUUGAAGAAAAUAGCUAAGACUGUCAAAUUCACCUAUGAUCUGUAUCUGGUGACCAACGGCAAGCAUGGGAAGAAGAUUAAUGGCACUUGGAAUGGCAUGAUUGGAGAGGUUGUAACCAAACGCGCUUACAUGGCUGUUGGAUCGCUUACCAUCAAUGAGGAGCGUUCAGAAGUAGUGGAUUUUUCUGUGCCAUUCAUAGAAACUGGUAUUAGUGUCAUGGUGUCAAGAAGCAAUGGGACAGUCUCUCCCUCUGCCUUCCUUGAGCCAUUCAGCGCUGAUGUCUGGGUGAUGAUGUUUGUGAUGCUUCUCAUUGUGUCUGCGGUGGCUGUGUUCAUAUUUGAGUAUUUCAGCCCGGUGGGGUACAACAGGUGCCUUGCAGAUGGUCGAGAGCCUGGUGGUCCUUCAUUUACCAUUGGCAAAGCCAUUUGGCUGCUCUGGGGCCUGGUGUUUAAUAAUUCUGUGCCUGUGCAGAAUCCAAAGGGAACUACAAGUAAGAUAAUGGUAUCGGUUUGGGCCUUCUUCGCUGUGAUCUUCCUGGCCAGUUACACAGCCAACCUUGCUGCCUUUAUGAUUCAAGAAGAAUAUGUGGACCAGGUGUCCGGUCUCAGUGAUAAAAAGUUUCAAAGACCCAAUGACUUUUCUCCAGCCUUCCGAUUCGGUACUGUCCCUAAUGGCAGCACAGAAAGAAACAUUCGAAACAACUACCUCGAGAUGCAUACAUACAUGGUAAAAUUUAACCAACGAUCUGUGCAAGAUGCCCUACUGUCCUUAAAAACUGGGAAAUUGGACGCCUUUAUUUAUGAUGCAGCUGUGCUGAACUACAUGGCAGGGCGGGAUGAGGGUUGUAAGCUGGUGACUAUUGGUAGUGGCAAAGUCUUUGCCUCCACUGGGUAUGGAAUUGCCAUUCAGAAGGACUCUGGGUGGAAGAGACAAAUUGAUCUGGCAAUUCUGCAACUGUUCGGUGAUGGGGAAAUGGAAGAGUUGGAAGCCCUCUGGUUAACUGGCAUCUGUCACAAUGAGAAGAAUGAAGUCAUGAGUAGUCAGCUGGACAUUGAUAACAUGGCCGGAGUCUUCUACAUGUUGGGUGCAGCCAUGGCUCUAAGUCUCAUCACCUUCAUAAUGGAGCACCUCUUCUUCUGGCAGUUCCGACACUGUUUUAUGGGAGUCUGCUCUGGAAAGCCAGGCCUGGUGUUCUCUAUCAGCAGGGGUAUUUACAGUUGUAUUCAUGGAGUUCCAAUAGAAGAUAGACAAUCUGCCAUGAACUCCCCAUCAGCUACAAUGAACAACACCCACUCCAAUAUACUUCGUCUCCUCCGCACUGCCAAAAAUAUGGCCAAUCUUUCUGGAGUAAAUGGUUCUCCGCAGAGUGCGUUGGACUUUAUACGACGAGAAUCUUCAGUAUACGAUAUCUCUGAACACCGACGGAGCUUUACGCACUCUGACUGUAAAUCCUUUCAACCAGAGGAGAAUCUUUUCAGUGACUACAUCUCUGAAGUGGAAAGGACCUUUGGUAACCUUCAACUUAAAGAUAGCAAUGUCUACCAAGAUCAUUUUCAUCACCAUAGACCACACAGUAUAGGAAGUAAUAGCUCUAUUGAUGGGUUGUAUGACUGUGAUAAUGCUCCUUUUACAACACAGCCCAGAUCAUUGUCUAAAAAACCUUUAGACAUAGGUUUGCCAUCCAAACACCCAACAACCCAAAUAGGUGAUCUGUAUGGAAAAUUUUCAAUUAAAAGUGAUCGUUACGGGGCCCAUGAUGACUUAAUUAGGUCUGAUGUUUCUGACAUAUCCACUCAUACAGUCACUUAUGGCAAUAUUGAAGGCAAUGCAAAAAGGAGGAAACAAUAUAAAGAUAGUCUAAAAAAACGUCCAGCAUCUGCUAAAUCCCGAAGAGAGUUUGAUGAGAUAGAAUUAGCCUAUCGCAGACGCCCAAGGUCUCCUGAUCACAAGCGCUACUUCCGAGACAAGGAAGGUCUGCGAGAUUUUUAUCUUGAUCAGUUCCGGACAAAGGAAAACAAUCCCCAUUGGGAACAUGUAGACCUGACAGAUAUCUAUAAAGAACGAGGGGAGGAUUUUAAACAUGAAAGUUCUUGCUCCAACAGACAGCAUCAGAAACAUACUGGCGAGUUUGUGCAGAAUGAACGUAAACAUGGCACUGGAGGUAAUGCAUGGGAGAAAAACAUUGGUAAUAUGGAGUGGGAUGACAGAUCUACAGCCAACUUCUGUCGCAACUGUCCAUCAAAGGUUCACAACUACGCAGGGCAGAACACUAAUCGUCCGGCUUGUAUUCGCUGUGAAGUCUGUAAGAAAGCAGGAAACCUUUAUGACAUCAGUGAAGACAACUCUCUUCAAGAUUUGGAUGCAAGACCAAUACCACCUGCCAACUCCAAAUAUCCACAGAGCCCAUCGAAUGGCAAGGCCCAGAAGCGUAACCGAAGUAAACUCCACCGCCAACAUUCUUAUGACACUUUUGUGGACCUUCAGAAAGAAGAUGUCACCUUAGCCCCUCGCAGUGUCAGCUUAAAAGAUAAGGAACGCUUUCUGGAUGGUAGCCCAUAUGCCCACAUGUUUGAAAUGCCGAAUGAGUCCUCUUUUGCCAGCAAGUCCCAUGGCCCAAGCCACAAUCCUGGGGGUUAUAUGCUUAGCCGUUCCCUUUACCCUGACCGAGUCACCCAAAACCCAUUUAUUCCUACAUUUGGGGAUGACCAAUGUCUGCUGCAUGGGAGCAAGCCCUACUAUUUUAGGCAACCUGCUAUUGGUGGCUUGAAGGGAAAGUCGGACUUCAGAGGGACUGGUAAAUCACUCACUUCUCUUGCGGGUCCUCCAGGAUGUUUCCAAAAAGACAUUUGUAUAGGGAACCAACCCAAUGCCUGCGUUUCAAACAAUAAGAACCCCAGAUCUUUCAACAACUCUACCAAUGGCCAUGUUUAUGAGAAGUUAUCCAGCAUUGAAUCUGACGUCUGAGAGGGGGAGGUGGGCUGGGACCUAAAUUCUCUCCUUCCCAUUUCCCAAACGAUAUUCUCUCACAGUGAAACAGGACAGAGGUGUUCCUGAAUGCUGUCGGAGUAGGAUGAGAUGCAGCCUUUCUAUUCCCUAUCAUCUUUCUUCUCUUCCUGGGCCAUCUCGUAUUUCUGUUCAUGUAGAGAUCAAAGUCCAGCCUCAAGAAGCACCAACCUGACAUCAGAGGAGGGGGUGGGAGUGGGUCUUUGUUUGUUUUUAAUAUUACAGACUUGGCUGAGCGCUGUAAGGGAGGGAGGAAAAAGGAAUAUGUACAGACAUUCUCGAGUUUUCUUCCAAAACCAUGACAUGAAGAGUUGGGAGAAGACUUAGUUUCAGGAAGGUCAUUCUCAAAGAGUAAAGAAAAGAUGGUACAGGGAAAGUAUCAGAGUGAAAGAGGGCACUGCUUACAUUAUAGGAAGCUUCCAUGAAAGCCCCUGCUUAUAGGGGUGCAGACUGAGCAUCCGUUGUUGAUGAGCCAAUGAUACCUAGUAUGUCCAUUGAAAGGGUAACUGGGAACUGCCCGUUGUAAGUGAUUUUGUAUGUUUGUGUUGAGUAUGUCUGAAAACACAGAUAGCUGGAUCUGUAUGAUUACAUAAACCCUAAAGUGAGAUACAGUACCUCCACUUGUCCAUCCACCUCAUACUCACUUUAACUUUUCAUCCAUUCUAUUUUUGCCAGUAAACAUAGUAUUAAUUCUGAUUCAGGUUAUUCCUGCUAACCCUCAGAUAGACAUACAGGUUUUUUUUUUCAGCCGUCACAUAUAAUUUGGGUUGUAAAGUCACAAAGGAAAAAAACGUAUUUUUUCUUUUGUUUGUUAACAAAAAAAAUUGACGUUUAAUAAUGACUCAAAAUUAUUUACGCUGAUUGCUCAGGAACACUACAAUAAUAUUUGAGGCAGUUGUCAAUGCUAAUCACAAACUUUUUCAAUACAUACAGUAAAGAAUAAAUACAUGAUAUAACUGAACUUUUACAGAUAAUACAGCAAUGUAAAUUUAGAAUAGUUUUUAUAACUUUUUAUAUUUAGUUGGCUGUGCAAGGUUCUUGGUUCUGUUUGGUAGCUCAUUCUUUCAAUUAACUCAGCCAUGAUAGAUAUCAUUUAACUGACUGUUUAAGAAAUUAGACAUAGAAGUAGACAUCUCAAGACAAUAGGAUACCCACAUCUGGAUCCAAGGGCUUCCUGGCAUGGCACUGUCUUUUCAUGAACAGGUAGUACCAGUCUGGGUUAAAGAAUUAUGGUUGUCCUUCAUAGUGAAGGAAGAAUUUUAGCUAUCUUCAUAAACAUUUCCAAUAAACUGUUCCCAUCAGCUGAGCUUUCCUUAAAGACAAGCCCUUCUUAUAGAAACCCAGGCAUUAAAAGGCCACAAUUAUAUAUGCAUGAGCUGAUCCAAUAAUAAAACUGGAUAAUAUAUUUCUCACAUCCUCACCAUUGUUACAAUAAAGAUACCAAACAAUCAGAAAAAAAACUGCUUGCCAUUAAGGAUAUAACCUGACAUUAGGGUAAUGCUAAAAGUUGCUGAGGGCUAUUUUUCACAUGUGCUGCAUCUCAGCCUGUAAUAUAAUAUUCACAUUUAUGUGUUUCCUUCAUUGUUUAUUGAAGAAGUUCAUUGGAUGGACAAUGGAAAGAUUGUUUUGGAAAUGGUAUGGUUGGUUUGGUGAUUGAGGGCAGAAUCCUAGCACAAGAGCUAUGACCAUAAGGGCAUUAAUCUUCAUUUCUCCUUGGCAACACAUGGUUCUAGCUGGAGAUAUUGGGAAGCGUCAACCUAGCCUCCAAUUAGUACUUCCGUCACGUUGAAUGUGAGGGGAGAGAAAUUAGGGUGCCGCUUCAGUCAUCAGAAACAUGGGAUGGAAUCACACCACCCACAGUUAAUUUAGUUUUUUUUGUAAAUAUGUGGUUGAACAUUUUUUGUUUUCCAAUAGACUUUUCUAUGAAUUUGUAGUGACACAGAGGGAGAUGGCUGUGUGCCCUGCCCCCAAGAUACCUAUUUUUACAGGUUUCAAGGCUCUGUAUCCCUGUGCCAUUUCCCUGAGCUGUUGGAUCAUAGUUCUUUAAUAUCCCUGGCUCAUUUUUAUUUUAUUUAAGUUUUUUCUUUGUGUGCCAAUUGACAGAGCUCGGUCCUGGAGGUGAGAAGCUCUUAUAUGUGCCAAUUCCUUGAGUCAUCUGAUGCCAGACUCAAAGUUCAUGUGCCAAAAUACUGAAGCCACCUUAGAAAUAAGACGCUGAUCGUCAUUUACCCUGAUUUAAUAGCCUACACAUCUAUGAAGCCAUUCAACCAGAAUGUGAAACUGGCAUUAUCUCCAUGCCGAUUUAUGGUGAAGUGACUGACAGAACAUCGUUUAACUCCUCCUCUGCCUAAUUGUUCUUCAGCUGGCUGUUUUGAAGGUGUUAAAAGUGAAAACAAGUGUCAAAAUAAAUCUUGAGCUCUAGCACUUUGAGGCAUGUGUAUCAAGGUACAGUUUGCUGUCUAAAUUGGGUACUGGGGUGAGUUUCAGAUAUGAAAGGUUUGAGAUCACUUCAUUAAUACCUGCAAAACUUGACUUUGAAUGUUAUUUUGAACAUUUUAAAAACUGAUGCUGGGUUGUCAACUAAAAUAACCCUCAACAAGUACUAUUAAAUGUGUAUACCACAAUUAUUCUACUAUACUGCAAACUGGUUAUAUUACAGUAGGUGAUUGACAGUGCAGUCAAAGGUGAAAAAAGUUUAUUAGCAGAGAUUGACAUACAGGAUCUAGUUAGUAGUACUUUGCACAGAGUAACCUCUUCAUCUGCACUUGAAAACACUACAGUAUAUCAGGAAUCUUUCCUCAUCUGUCUGCAUUACUUAUAUACCUGACUUAGAAUUUUCUUGCAGACUGACUAAACUUUUUAUUUUGUAUUGUUUUAAUCCUGCCUUAAUUUUUUUUGUUUUGUUGUAUUUAGUCAUUUUUUUUAUUUCUUUACUGUCCGGUUAAUCUGCAGUUAACCUGGACUCCACAACUGACUGUAUUCAUUUUCUAUUUGUAUGUUUAUUUUUCCUUGUACAUUAAUUACCUGGUUCAACUCCAGUUACUGCAAUAAGAAAUUUGUUUAAGAGCAGAAUAUUAUUACUCUGUUGAAAUGGAUCUUAUGAGCAUGUUCUACGCACCAUAAUAUAUGUCUAACAAACAAGAUGAUUGAUUGGGUUUACCUAUAUAACAAAUGUAUAAAGCUACCUAUACUGUAGCUAAAGAAUACAUACUGUAUACAGAAACACAAUGCUGUGACUUGAAAGUGAUCACAGUAGUAAAGAAAAGGUUGUCUGUUAAUGUAGACUACAAUUUACUAUUAAGAUAUUUGUUAUAAAAUGGACACAGCACUAAACCCACAUUAAUCAAUGUGUGGGCUGGUUGCAUUAAAUUACAAUUUAUUAUCCUCAUUCCCUAAGAUAUUGAUGUUUGCUGUGCUUUUUAAUUAAAAAGGCUACUUGUCUAGUAAAUGGAAUAUACAUGACAAGGUCAUGUGUUAUUCUGCAAACCUGGUGGUAUACAGGUUUAACGGAUUAAUAUUAUAACAGAGAUGACUUUGUUGCUCUGCUAUACACGCGCAAAGUUCUCCUGCAUCCGUGCAGUACUAUAGUGUAGCCAAUAUACUAAAUUUGUAUAAACUCUUAUUGCGUUGAAAUGUGUUUUGCUAAGGGGAUACGGUCAUUAGGUCGACACAGCUUAGGUCAACAGUCAUUAGGUCGACCACUGAAGGUCGACAUGCAUUAGGUCAACAUGGUCAAUAGGUCGACGUAGUCAUUAGGUCGACAUGUACUAGGUCGACAGGUCAAAAUGUCGACAUGAGUUUUUUUUUUAAAUAAAUAAGUUUUUUGGACUUUUUCAUACUUGACAAUCCACGUGGACUACAAUUGGGAACAGUAACCGUGCCUGAAGCAUGGCGAGCGAAGCGAGCCAUGCGAGGGGACACGGUGCACUAAUUGGGGUUCCCCGUCAUUUUACGAAGAAACCAACACCAAAAAAAGUCCAAAAACCCAUGUUGACCUUUUGACCUGUCGACCUAGUACAUGUCGACCUAACGACCACGUCGACCUAUUGUCCCUGUCGACCUAAUGUAUGUCGACCUAAUGUAUGUCGACCUAAUGACUGUCGACCUAAGUUGAGUCGACCCAACGACCCAUACCCUUGCUAAGCGAUUAACCACAUGAAAUUUGAUUGCGCAGCCUGAAAACUGCACAUAUAUUAACUUUUACCUAAAGUGCAAGCAGAAGUCUAAGUGUGUAGGUAUGUUGUAUUGCACAUACCUCCCAACAUUUACACAUACUGUACCACAUCAGGACAAAAUAACUUAACACCUAACCUGCCACAAAUCCAUCACAAUCCGCCCAGAAAUGCCUACUAUUUCAUAAACUCUGCACCUUUAGUGGGCUACGAUUCUGCAUUGUACCAUGAAAAUGUGGACUCGUAGCAUGUGUAUUAGGAGUAAAAUAGCAUUUACAGUACAUCACACCUGCAGUCAUAUGCCACUAGCAUGACAAUCAUUUGUUACUGUAUAUUGUCAUUAUUAGUCAAAUGUAACAAUGCUUUUCAUUAGUAGGAUAUCACAAAUAGGAACAUCAGUAGUAAAAUGCCACUGACAUACUAUCCAGUAAUAAAAUGCAACUAGCACCAUCACUGGCUAUGAGCAGCAACUCCCCAUUUACAUACAGUAUGUGCAAGCACAUUUCCAUUAACAUUUACUGUAGUAAAAUGCAACCACAACAUCAUUACUUGCUGGCUUUUACUGCCAAGUUGUGAUUUGAGAUUGUGCACAUUAGUUAGUGCCACAAAGAAAGGCUCAUAAUGUCUACUUUACGAUGGGCUUCUUCAUCCUUUUGAUUCAAAUAUCAUCCAGACCUUGGAGAGUGAUAAAGUGGAAAGAGAUAAAGUACCUACAUAGCUUCUAGCUGUCAUUUUAGAGGCUGUGUUUGAAAAAUGUCAAAAGCUGAUUGGUUGGCACUUUAUCUUUCCUCACUUUAUAUUCCCACUUCCUGCCUGCUCUAUAGGGUGUGGACAUUUUAUUGCUACAUUAUACUGUAUGUUGGAAAUCUGAUACUCAGAAUAAAUUGGGCACUCUGCUAAGCACAGUUUCUGGGUCUGUAACAGAGAAAUUAUCAUGGAACACUCAAUCAAACUCAUCAUGUAUCUUCUUCAACUCGUCAAACUUAUAAAUGAUCCAGAAAUCAUCUGGUGCUAAAUUGUUUUGUGAACUCUAUCUAGACAUAGUGACAUUAUUCCUCUGUCUCACAGACAAUGGGUGGUGUCAGUGCAAACAAUCAAUUCUUUUUAGACUAUAGAGCAUGCUUAUAAACAUGUCUAUCUGUCAUGUAUCUAUUUGCCCAAGCAUACAUGUGGGCCUAUUGGGCAAUAUACCAUGUGCUCAAAGUGCAAAGUCAUCUCUAAUUAACUGAUCACUGGUGUUAUUCCUGCUCAUUAAAUCAACCUGACCUUAGUUCUGAUCAAACACACUGGAGAAGUAACAUAACAAAGAAUAUUGCUUGUGUUUAAGGUAAACAUCAUUUCUUACUGAAGUUCUGGUUUAAGAAACCCAAUUUUAUUCAGUCAACUGUACCAUUUGCAUAUGAUAAUAUUAGGGUCACAUAUCACACCCUUUUUUUAUUUGCCCUGUGCUAAGCUCACAAUAUGGUUAAUAAAUAACCCUUUUUGUUUGUGAUCAUCACUGUAGACAUCAUGGUAGAGCAAUGCCUUAUGGAGAGCUGCUCCAUUGCUGUAUAUUACCACUAAUAAGUCUUUGCUGGCAUAGAUAGUAGAGACGAGAAGUAUAACAGUGGUUGCCCACCUACCCAUCCAUAAAAAUGUCAAUCCCUUGGCACUUGUCCAAGUGCAGCGUUGAUAAUUCACACCAUAAAUCACACCAUUGCAAAGUACUACUGACUAAUAUAUUCAUAGUGCAAUUCAGUACCAAAAUAUUUGAAUGUAAUUACUAUUUUCCAAAUUCUGCUCUGGUUUUAUAUUGUACAUAUGUCAUAUGAUACAUUAAUAGUAUCGGUAUGUACCUUUGUAAUGUAAAAUAAUAGGUUGAUUUGGAUACUACUGUAAACUGUAGUUGCAGACUGAUAGAAAGUCAAGAAUUGGUCUAUUUAUCUACAUAAAUAUUCCUUGAUACAUAUGCCAAUAAGUGAAAAGGGAAUAUAAAAGGUCCAGUUAGUAUAUAUUUUUAGUCACUUGUGUGCCCAAAAUUCCAUAGGGUUCUCUAGCCCAGACAUUGGUUUGAGAUAUUUCAGGGAUACAGAUAAUGAUACAGUCAGCACCCUAUGUAAUUUCAAGCGUGUAAUUUCUAUUUUUUGUGGUUUUCCACUUUUUGGCUGUAGAAAUGUUUGCUGUUAAUGUAUAGGAAACACUUCAUUUCUUGAGUAGCUUUUUCUUGUGUGGUUGGUUUUAUCAACUCAUUUAUUUCUUUUUCUCCUUCACAAUCUCAGCUGCUUUUCUGGCUGAAAUAAUUUCUCUAUAAAUGCUGCUAUCAUGUACCGGAUAGAAAUUAUGAUGUGCUUUCUGGACUUUCCACCAGGUGGAGCUGUGAUGGGAGGCUCAUUUAUUUGUAUAGAAAGGUGACCAGCCUGUGGAUAGAAGGAUCUUCAGUGCCAAAAAUUUAUGACCUGAGUCAGUGCACCUUGCAUGAAGCCAACAUGGUGCAGAGUUUAAAGGGAAACUAACAAAACAUACCAGACAAUACAAUACAAUCGCAGUCAUUGUUCAGUGUUAUGAUCUACUUUCAGUAUCACCUCUCUUAACAAGCGUACACUGGCGAUGUUACAUGCCUCGUACAGGAACACACUUGAUUAGAUUUGUGUAUCUUAUUUCUUUUUGUCAGAAAAUGAGAUCUAAAAUGAAUUACAUUGUAUCAAUUUAAUCUUCCUGUGAAAGAUGGCUUUUAAAAAAAAAAUGUUUCAAUGUAGAAGCUUAUGCCAUGGUCACAAAAUUCCAUUCAAGGAAACAGACACCCUACAUUAAAGAAGUUAAUGCAUGAGUCCCUAAUAACAUAGUUAUGCACCUUGGUCGGGGCGCCAAGAAUGGGGUGUGGCUGAUAGAGCCGGGGAGGUUUAGCAAUAUUUCCCCAUCCCCCCUUUAGCGCACACAUUCAUAACUGCACAGUAUGCCAUGCAGGGUGAGGCCACAGCUCCAUAAUUGGCCACACCCCCACUUUAGCAUUAGGACCUGCCAGAUGUCUUGGCAGCUCUGACUCUGGUAUGGAGAUUACAGAACUGCUGAUAAAACAGAAUGGCACAAGUACUGUACAGUGAAAUAGGGAAAACUAUAAUAUUCCAGUGGACAUAUCAUUAUAUUAUACGUAUUUACACUGGACCUUUUUUUGAAACAAUAAACUGAAUUAAAAGAAUAUUGACUUUUUAGACAAGAAAUUGUCCUCUUGAAUUGCACUCAUUAAUACUUUUACGACAGUAUUACUUAUCAUAGUAAAGCAAUUGUAUUAUAAUAUUUCAAAUGUAUGGUACACUAGGCUCCAACCACUAACAUUUUGAAGUGCCAGAAAUACUAUUAAUAAAAUGAUAAAUUUUAGAGUAAACACAACAAAGUUUGCUUUAAUUAAAACAUUAAAGCUCAUCCUUAUACUUGAGAAACCUUUUUUUACAUAGGGAAGUAUAGGUACUCCAAAAAACCUUUAUUUAUUUAUUUAUUUAUUUAUUAUUUUUAUCUUUUUUAGUCCAUUAAAUAACUUUCAAGAAAGCAGGAGUAAAAGCAUACACAUCUGUGUGAUAUCGCCAUAGAAAUCCACUGAAAAAGUGAUUUGAAUUACCAACGUCACCUGUUACAAAUAAACAGAGCUGGUUGACAGUUACUUAACAUUUCCAUGCAGGUAUUUGGAAAUCAGGAAACCGUAACCAUUCAUACAGCAAGUUACAUCACAGCCCAGGAGAGAAUUUGGGAGCAGCUAAUUCUAGUGUACAGAAAGCCAGAACUGUGAUAAUUUUUUUUCCUGUUGUGUUAAUUUUUUAAGGUUUUUUCUUUCAAAUGUGUCAUGAACAAGAAAAAAAAAUUAAAAAAAAAAUGUUUACUAUAAUUCCUCCUCUGCUGUUUACAAAUAAAAGUUUUAAAGGGAUAGAAACUUUAAAUGAAAAUAUAACGUAUAUAUAUAUACAUAUGUACAUAUAUAUAUUAAUUGAAAGUAAUUCACAGGCGUUUUACAUUAUGAAACAGGGUGUUUUUUUUAAGUCAAAUGUUUAAAGAAAAAAAAGAGAGAUCUAGUAUCUCUGACUUUCAUGUUGUUUAUAUGUGUGUAAAUCAAACAAACAACUUUUGAAGGCAAUUUUUCACGCCUCUUAACUGGUAUAAUAAAAACAAAUAAAAUAAAGGACUCAAUGGAAUUUUGCCAGAGACUUUGCGACUUAUGGGUAUAAAAUUAUAUAAUUAUUGUUUUGUGUGCUGCUUCACUGAAAAUAUCUUCAUUUUUUUCCAUUUUCCAUUUGUUUGUAAAAAAUUAAAUCUCAGUUAACAGUCAAGAUCAGAAACCUUAAAAUAUUACCCAAGUAUCAGACUAUAGAAACAUAACUGGUAUGCUCAGAAAUGUUCUAUG